GUUCUCUUUACCAACUGGGAUAUGAUGCGACCAGAAGCUUACGCGGAAGUGCAGGUCACGGAGAUCGAGAGCGAAGACGCGGCGCCGCGGGUGCAAUCGCCGACCCGCCGCCUGCACAAGAAGCCGGAGGACCAAAUUCAGCAUGUCAAGCCACCGGUCGCAUCAUCGCCGCUAGACAACGUAACCCUUCCGUCGAACAUGCCCCGGCGGUGGCGCCAUGGGUACCAGAACCUGUACGAGACGUUGUACUUGACCAACACGCGCGACGGCCAGCGAUGCAACGUCAUCCUCAUGGUGCUCACAGUCGUGAGUGUCACCGUGGCCGUGGUCGACAGCGUGUCGGAGGUGCGGGAGGCGUUCAACAACGGCCUCGUGGUGGUGGAGAUGCUCUUCACGCUGCUCUUCUCCGUGGAAUACGCCAUGCGUCUCUUUUGUCUACAGCACCCUGCCGACUACGCCAGGAGCAUGUACGGCGUCGUGGACAUGGUGUCCAUCCUCCCCACCUACCUCGCAUUCCUCACCGACGACGCGCGACCCCUCAUGCAUCUGCUCGUUCUGCGCGUCUUUCGCAUCCUUCGCGUGUUUCGCAUCCUCAAGCUCGUACGCUUCAUGGAGGCCGCAUCUACAUUGGUGGACAACAUCCAUCAGAACAAGCGCCGCAUCGCCGUGUUCCUCUGCGCCGCCUUCGCCAUGGUCCUUGUCAUCGGGUGUGCGAUGUACUUAAUUGAAGGGGAGCGCCACGGGUUCUCAAACAUCCCCAAAAGUAUGUACUGGACCGUCGUGACCCUCACGACCGUCGGAUAUGGCGACAUCACGCCCAAAACUGUACCCGGUCAAUUGUUGGCCACAAUCGUCAUGUUUAUGGGUACGUUCCCGAGUUAUUGGCGUUUUACCCAAUAUUUUUGGACGUUUUGUGCUGAUUCGAAGUCACACACUAAUUGAAGUCACACACUAAAUAACUUUGCUACAAUCAGGGUUUGUGUACCUUUCAUAUUGUGUCGAUUCAUUAUUAUUCUCAUGUCGGUUCAGUUUAGAAUAUACAAUAAUAUAUCUAGGCUACGGGCUAAUUGCGUGUCCGAUGGUGCUGUCCGCCGCCGCGAAAUCGCCGCUUUCGCUGGAGGACAUGGGCUUCCGCAUCAUGCACUGCCCAUCCGCCCCCACAUGCAACCCCUUCAUGAACCUCCAUCAGGAUGACGCGUUGUUCUGUCGAAAGUGCGGCGCCAAACUCACCGCGUUUUUGUAACCAUAAACAGGAUAACGUCAUAGAGGGGGUCUGGCGAUAACGUCAUGUACUACAGUAGUAUUCAGGAUCUUUUAACAUGUAGUGUUUCAAUGCACGUGGGAAAAAUCCAGUCCGGCAAAGUCGUGCAACGCCGAGUCGAGCCCUGCCACUUGCAGGCUGUCGAGC